AUGAUACCCGCAGUUCUGUAUGACUGCAAGUUCAACGUGCAGCUUUACGCGACCUCAGAAAGCGCUCAGGCAACCGCGUUUUGGAGCGAUGGUCAACAUGACGAUGACUGGUACAAGCAGCACCCGUUCUACCGCCUGCCAGUCCCCAGUUUUUUCUUACCCGUAGAAGAGUUUGACUGGAAGGUGCUUGUAUUUUCUGCUACUCGUAGAGGUAUCUGUAGCACAUUGUCGAAGAUUCGUGAAAUUAUGAUGCAACAAUCGGUGGGAACUACUGACCUCUUAGAACUCAAGCAUCUGUGCUUUGAGUUGAUGAAAAUUGCAGUUUCUAUGGGCCGCGGCCAAAGGAAAAUCAUGAGAACGUGUCACGCGCAAGAUUCGCUGAUCCGUCGUUUUCUCAUUGCAGAUGCCUUGUGGAGCAUUUGCAGUGUGGGCAAGCCGCUCACAGUGGAUGCCGGUGAAUCAGCACUCAAAGACAGUUGUACAAUCCUGGAAGUUGUCGUAUUCUUGGAAGAGUAUGGAGCAUUGGUAUGGAAUGGAGCAGCACUCGCUCUGCACUGGGCAUGCAACAGUAGGAUGCGGCAGGGGUUAGACUGGAAGCAAAGGGAGGUAAAUCCCAGCGUACUAUGCCGCAUUUUCACUUUAUUUGAGCCAGAAACAAUAAGGGAGCAGCAGAACCAGCAACAGCAGGCGCGCCUGCAGGCGCGCCUGCUGUUGCUGCAGAGAUUCCUGCAUAGAUAA